AUGGACGUUCUACGCGAGGGCCUGCGUACAUUCCGCUUUCACGGGAGGUACUACACGGAUAGUUUUCAACAUAGUUAUGGUCAUGCGGCUAGGCUCUAUGUUGCGGACGUUAUUGCAGACAGCCCUGCCGACCCUGCCCAGUACCAGAGAUGGCUCGGUGCAUUGCGCGUUCUCUGCAUGUUCAAGGAGCGUGACGCCGAGGAUUACGUCUACGAGGUCAGCAGCGGCUCUGAGCUUAUGAGACUGGGGCUUGGGGCGGAUUGGGUGGAUGCACGCGCUCAUCCAACUGGACUUCCAGCGCGCCUGCGUGGCCGUACCUUCGGCGUUCAUUACAUGAUCAACCUCGACAGUGAAGUCUUCACUCUGGACUACUGUCUACAUUGGAAGCUGAGCAGCAUUCCUCGUCGGCGAGACGAGUGGCUCAGGGCCAUCGUUCCAAGUAUCUAUCGGGAUACGUGGACUAUCUCCCUCGGUAUUUGCCCGGAGGAGCUUAUGACCUCGCCGGUGUUGCAGCUUCCGGAGGCGGACCCAACUAUCGCCUUUGAGUCUCGCCGUGUAUAUCCGAGGGUCGAGGUCAAAGAAGCGUGGGCCGUCUUUCUGACACAUUCGCUGGCGGUGGCGCUUAAUACACUCCGCUUCGAGAUCGUCAAUUUCGGGAGGGAGUGGAGCCCGGACUCGUUCCUCUUCCGCGAGCUGAUGUUCGCGCUCGUUUCCAUGGCAUCUAAUCGAGCAGUGUUCCAUGAUUCCGGCGCUAGACCGCUGCCGCGCAGCCCAUCGCAGCAGGACGGCGAUGAUCUCUCGCUCGUCCACGAUAUCCGCCAGGUGGACCAAACACGGCUCGAGGAUGAAUGGGUCGGCCAUGAUACUCCCCUCGAGUUUGGCUCCAUGUUUCAUCGGUCGGGCAAGCUUCCUGGGGCAUCCCCCGCUGAGACCAUCUACUGGUUAGAGGGCGUAUUGGUUAGCCUAGAGCUGGUACCCGAUGGUAAAGUGGUGACCAAGGCAGUUCGUUGGGGCAUCGAACAGCGACACGCCAGUUUUCAAGCUGUCAUCCUAUCGCUCUUUGAGGCCGCCUUUGUGGAGGUACUAGAGGGCCAUGACGGAGAGAUCUUCGUCAAAGUCAGCGAUAUGGUCGCCCUCUCGCCCAUACGUGCAGAAUGGUGCAUGAGCACGCAUCGACGAGAGCGGCCGCCGCUCACGGACGGAGCGGUCGCCCAGCCUCAUCCUGGAAAGAUGAAGCUGCCAGCGGACUGCGUCGCAACCCCAAAGAAACUGCAAGAGAACUUCCCCGGCCUUGCUGCGCUAGUCAAUUUCUUCGAUAUAGCCGCGAACCGCCGUGCGGUAGUGUGA